AUGACGAACAAUAAGGUGGUCAAGAUCGGCGUGUUUGUGCCCUCUGAGACACAGCUCCUCGACAUGGCCUGCAUCGAUAUCUUCCACAUGAUGUCUAAGGAGUACCUCGGAUUAGAGUCGAUGGAGCUUUUGCCGAAACAUCUGAAGGAACUUGCACCGAGCGUGCAGAUAUCAUAUAUCACAUCUAAGAUCGAUUCAGCUUCUCCCAUUACCACCUCUUCUCCCAAGUUGUUGCCAGUUACAGCGGGGCUGAGAAUCGCGACGACGCAUGACGUUUCUCAUCCAGACGUACAACCCGGCAAACUUGACAUUCUCCUCGUCCCAGGUCCGGAUCCGUAUGGCACCUGGGAUGAAGAUGUGCUAGGGUUCUUGAAGGGCCAUGUCGAGAGGAGCGAAACAACGGACGUGUUGAGCGUCUGUACGGGGAUUUUUCUCUGCGGUGCUGCCGGAGUGUUAGAAGGAAGGACGGUCUGCGGGCCGAGAGGAGUUCAAGAUAUGCUGAGAAAAAAAUACACCACAACAAAGUUUGUGGGUGAGAAGUAUCGAUAUUUUCAGGAUGGGAACCUUUGGACAGGCGGCGGCAUCACGAAUGGCAAUGACCUCGUCGCAGCGUAUGCUAGGAAGAACAGCAAGCAUUUCCCGGCGCCUAUUGCUGAGAUCGCAUGCCAGAUGGCGGAUGUUGGCGAUAGAGGGCAGUUUUAUGGGGAAGGCCAGACGACGUAUUUUAUAGGAUUCAUAUGGCAGGUUCUUAAGGCUUGGUUUACGAAGCCACAGAAGGCGAAAGACAUCUGA